AACUGACGAGGACCAAACUAAUAGCAUGGCAACCAUUUCAUGGGUACUGCUGCUGCUAGCAGUAUAUGCAGGUCAGUGUGAAAAACUGAGUUUUGAUGGCUACCAGCUCCUGGCUGUGUACUCCAGAGGUUACGAUGACAUUCAGUUCCUGCGUGAGUUUAGUGAACGAUUUGUUGAUAUCGACUUUUGGAGAGAGCCAAGGACAAACCAGAACGCCACAGUUCUCGUUCCCCCAACCUUGAUCAAUGUGUUUAAGAAAAGCCUCGAUGGACAGGGCAUCACAUAUGGUACUAUGAGCGAUAACGUUCAGAAGUUAGUUGAGGCAGGCGAGGAGCGUACCCCAGAUGAUGAAGUGGACAGAAGACGUCAAGUAAGUCGUACCGUCAUUGACCACACCAACUACCACACAUAUACCAGGAUUGUCAGCUACGUCAACCAGCUGAGAGACACUUACCCCGACAAUGUCCAGGUGUCCAACCUUAACUACAUCACCCACGAAGGAAGGGUUGUAACUUACCUCAAGCUCAAAGGAAGUCAUUCAGCCAAUCAGAAGCAAGUGAUCAUCAUUGAAGCUGGGAUACACGCCAGAGAAUGGAUCUCUCCUGCAUCGACUCUCUGGGUAGUGGAAAAGAUUCUCCAAGGCUACAAAGCUGGUGACGUUAACGCCAAACUUAUGCUUGAUAAAUACGAUUGGUACGUUGUUCCGGUGUCCAACCCUGAUGGCUAUGACUACACCUUCAGCACAAACCGAAUGUGGAGAAAGAACAGACGUUACAUCAGCUCCAGGUGUUCUGGUGUUGACCUCAACCGAAACUUUGACGUGGUCUGGGGCACCACUGGUAUCUCCAGGACUUGUUCCAGCGACAUCUAUUGCGGUACUGCCGCUUUCUCGGAGCCUGAAACUGCCAACUUCAGAGACCUAUUUAAUGAACUAGCCAACAAUGUUGUCUUCUACUUGUCAGUACACAGCUACUCACAGUAUGUGUUAGUGCCAUACAGUCAUACUGAGUAUGUGUCUAGACCAGCCAAUGCCCAUGUCACGGAUGAGGUCACCUUGAAGAUGAUGCAAGCUUUGAUUGCAAGACAUGGAACACAUUAUACUCACGGCACUGCCUGGCAACUUCUCAAUUACGCUGCUUCUGGCUCAUCCACUGACUGGGUCCUGAGUCGUAAACCCAACAUCUACACCACCUGCUACGAGCUACGCCCCAGCGCCUCCAGCUCCACUGGUUUCUUAUUGCCAGCCUCUCAGAUUAUCCCCACUGGGGAGGAGUACUAUGACAGCAUGGUUGCCAUGGUGAAAGCUCUCGCAGAUGAUUAAAAACAAAGAAAGCAAUUCCGUUUACCUUAUUUUUAACGAAACAAGCAAUGGCUGACAACUUUAAAAUGAAAUGUAAAAUAUAUGGUUUUAAAAUAUUUAAUUUCUGUUAAUAAUGAGCUAAUUAAACUAUAAUAAACUUAAAAAAAAUAAAAA